AUGGGAGGAGUAAGAGGUGAGUUUCCCGUGAACUUGACAGCACAAGAUUUCUUCGCUCUAUGGUGGCAAACUCUUUAUUCCGUGGAAAAAUGUGCUUUAAUGUUCACAUCGAGUGUUUUGAGUGCUGCACUUUACGAAAUCCAAUUCUAGCUGUCGCUGGUCUCGCAUUCGCCGGAGUCGUCGGACUCACCUUCCUGGUCCUCGGGUGCGCGCUCCCCAUGUACGGGUAAGUCGAUUCAUGUUCAGUGUAUUAUACAUUUCAUGCUCUACAUUUCGCAGAACGUGGUCACCGAUGUUCGUCAUUGCUUUCUACAUUCUCUCGCCGGUUCCUCUGCUCAUUGCGAGACGAUUCCAGGAAGACAUGACCGGCACGAAUGCUUGCAUUGAAUUGGCUCUCUUCAUCACCACUGGCAUCGUAAUUUCCGCAUUCGCUUUGCCGAUCGUCCUUGCUCACGCUGGAGCCGUAAGUUUUUGUUUGUUAUGAACCGCUUGAAUGCAGUUACAUUAUAAUUAGUUUGCAUGGUUGAAUGUUUCAUUCAGAUAAAGCACGGCGCAUGCUUCCUUAUCAAUUCGGGAUCGGUGAUCAUGUUCGGAACGAUCUGCGCCUAUUUCUACCUGCAUCGCGAUGAAGACAGUGGAAGCUGGAGCCAAUCUCUCUUCUAAACAACACUUUCGUCAUUGUCGUCGUCCCUCAUAUCAAAGUCUUGUGGUUCGUGAAUGUUGUCCAUUUCUCCAUGCAUAGCUCAUCGAACCCUUUCAUUUUCAGAUCGCAAAAUCUGCUUGUGUCCUAAUUUUCAUCGCAAACUCAAUCAAUUUCGGCGUCAUCAUCUUCUACUUCCGAAUUUUCAAUGGCGAAGAUAUGAACGGAAUGUCACUCUGGUAG